AUGUUGGAAACUACCAUCGGCCAGCUCCCUGCUCGUCAGAUCGAACGCCCGUUCCAAACCCAGCACGACCUCCGGCAGCGCCAGGAGAGGUACAACCAAAGCGGGACUGAAGACCUCGAGAGUGAGUAUGACUUUGGGGACGAAGACGACAUGGGCGAGCUAUCGGAUUCUUACUCCAGCGUCCACACGACCUCCCGCCCAGUCACCCCUUCCCACCCACCCCCUACCCCCGUACACAUUACCAGCUCCUCGUCCUCCUCCUCUUCACCAAAGAAUGACAUUUUCAAACUCGCCGACAAGGCUGAAAAGAUCCUGGGCCUCACACCCGGUACACUCCCCUAUGCGAGAGCCAACCUCGAGAGCGCCCGAGAACAAGUACGCCGUACAGCGGCCUUCCCAUCGCCCGAGCCUGUCCCUUUGUCCCUCUCCCCGCCACCGACGGGGGAGGACGCCGAGCCAAAGUCGUACUUUGACAUGGGUGGCAAGUCGAAGAAGCAGUCAAAGAUGACCAGGGCGAGAAAGGCAAUGAGUGUGACUGGUUUGGGAGGGCUCGCACCAGGGAAGAUUGCGAGUGUUGUCAUAGGUACGGGUGGGAAGGAGGAGGAGGAGAGGCAUGAGAGGAGGAGGAAAGCCACGGAUGGGGUGCUGUACUGGCAGAGAGAAGUAGCCAGGUUGGUGGAGGAGGAUGCGACGAUGAAUGCGACUCUAAAGAGGAGACGUUAG